CGCACACUAACUGUCAUCUGAGAGACUGACAGCCACUGAGUAGAGAUCCCAACAUCACAAGGAGGAAGAGAAGUUCUUACCUGCAGCUCAGCAGCACAAUUUUACCUUCUGAAUUCAGUUUGAUUGGAGAGUGGGAUUCCUGCAGCCCCAGAGGUGGGAUUGUAGUUCCACCGUCAAACCAUGGAGACGGCCCGACCAAUGGAAAAGCUGCUGGAGAACCUGCACAAUGUGCUGCUGGCCAUAAACAAGACGCUGAACAGUUUGCCGUGCCAGCCGGACCCACAAGGGAACCACACGGACGCCAAAGCGAAUAAGGAGCACCGACACGACAACGCCUAUAUAUUCAUCCUCUUUGUUCUGUUUCUCUUUGCGGCCACCGUGGGGAGUUUGAUACUGGGCUACACCAGGUCUAAGAAAGUGGACAAGCGCAGUGACCCGUAUCACGUUUACAUAAAAAACAACCGCAUUUCUGUGAUAUGAGCGUUGGACGAGGCCCCAGGGGUCUAAUGGGCCCCAAAAGUAUUGGUACAAAGGAGUCACUGGCCGGUCAGUCUGUACAACAAACAGCGAUGUGGCCGGCGGAAUCAGAAAAGGGGCCACCGAUUUGGUUCUUGUGUUCCUCACACCUUGGUAAGAACUUAGAAUCAAAUAACAGAAAAUAACAUUGGAGAAUAAUAUGAAAGGCCAUUAGUGAAGUGCAGAUUUAACCCUUUGUACACCAGCGAGCGAAGACUCCCAGAGACAUUAGAGAGUUUCAACCAUUCAGACCAAAUGAACUCAGUAGGGUUAGUAGUAAUAUUAUCUGUGUAUAGAAGAGAGCAGGACCGACCUCGUCUUUAUAGGAUAUUACACUGGGAAAGAAGCAGAGACUUAUAUUUACUGGACAAUACUGCGCCCCCAGGAUAUCAAUCUACACUGAUCACAUGGUAUAAAGAAGAGCAGGUUUUUCUAACUUGAUUUUAAAGAAUAAAUAUAAAAAAUGUG